AUGAAACUCGUUUUUAAAAACGUCGAAAAAGAUGGCAGUGGGAGUAUUGCACUUAUUCCCGAAGAGUCGGAAGACAUGUGGCAUGCUUAUAAUCUCAUUGCUGAAGGAGAUUCGGUGACGGCGUCGACUGUACGAAAAGUACAAACUGAAUCGUCGACUGGGUCUUCUACUAGCAAUCGAGUCCGAACGACCCUUACAAUAAGAGUAGAAAAUAUAGAUUUUGAUACUCAAGCCUGCAUGUUGCGGUUAAAAGGCCGUAACAUUGUUGAAAAUCAGUAUGUAAAGAUGGGGGCAUAUCACACUCUGGAUUUGGAGUUAAAUAGGAAGUUCACACUAUGUAAAAUACUAUGGGACUCUGUAGCUUUGGAGCGGGUUGAAAUGGCCUGUGAUCCGGCAGCCAGCGCAGAUGUAGCAGCUGUUGUGAUGCAGGAAGGUUUAGCACAUGUCUGUUUAAUCACACCAUCAAUGACACUAGUAAGAUCUAAGAUAGAUGUUACCAUACCUAGAAAACGUAAAGGUUUUGUCCAACAACAUGAAAAGGGUUUGAAUAAAUUUUAUGAUGCAGUCAUGCAAGGAAUCCUGAGACAUAUAGAUUUUAGUAUAGUUAAAUGUAUUAUCUUUGCAUCACCUGGUUUUGUUAAGGAUCAGUGUUUUGAUUACAUAAUGCAGCAAGCCAUUAAAACAGAUAACAAACUCCUAAUUGACAAUAAAUCAAAAUUCCUACUGGUGAAGGCAUCAUCUGGAUUCAAGCAUUCUUUAAAAGAGGUAUUGCAGGAACCAUCAGUUAUUAACAAAAUAUCUGAUACAAAGGCUGCAAGUGAAGUGAAACUUUUGGAGAGUUUCUACACCAUGCUUCAAUUGGAGCCAGCAAAGGCUUACUAUGGAAAGAAACAUGUGGAAAGGGCUAAUGAAGCUAUGGCCAUAGAAACUCUCAUGAUAUCUGACAAAUUAUUCAGAUGUCAAGACAUACAACAAAGGAAAGAAUAUGUAGCAAUCGUUGAUUCUGCCAGAGAUAAUGGCAGUGAUGUAAGGAUAUUUUCAAGCAUGCAUGUUUCAGGGGAACAAUUAGACCAACUUACUGGAAUAGCGGCAAUACUACGUUUUCCAAUGCCAGAACUAGAAGAUAGCGAUGCGGAGGAUGAAAGUGACUCUGAUUCUGACUAG